UGCGAAACUAGUUGCACAGAUGAAGCAAGAUCCACAGAACGGGGAUCUUAAGAAACAAAUCCAUGAAAGGCAAUCAAGAAUAGCAGCUCUUAAUGACAAACAAACUUUGGGAACUAUCACUGCAGUGCCCCUUAAAGUUCCUCAGGUCAGCUCCUUGCAGAGGUUGGCAGGACAAGGACCAGCAGUGCUACCUCAGGUUAGGCCAAAGACCCUGAUCCCAGACAGCCUCCCCAUCUCCCCGUGCAGAGAGCAGCCUUCCAAACAGCCGCCCGCCUUCCAGAAGGCGACCGUGGUGAGCGUCAAGAACCCCAGCCCUGCCCUCCCGACCGCCAACAACACCGUCAGCCAUGUGCAGGUGCCCGGCAGCCAGGCGCCGGGCGCCACCGAGCCCGCCGCCCUCUCGUCCCCGCUGAGCAGCGCCGGCGUCGCCUACGCCAUCAUCUCCACCUCGGCCGGCAGCGCGGCCCCGCUCGGCGCCGGCGCCGCCGUCUCCGUGGUCAACGACGGCAUCAAAGUGCAGCCGCUGCUUAUCAGCGCCGACAGCAAGGUUAUCAUUAUUCAGCCUCAAGUCCAAACCCAGACAGAAAGUAAAGUGGAGACAAAGAAACCUACUGAAGAGUCAGCUCAGGGACCCCCUGCUACCAAAAAGAAAAAGGAGGAAAAUCCAGAGAAAAUUGCCUUUAUGGUAGCAUUAGGACUGGUUACAACAGAACAUUUGGAAGAAAUCCAGAGCAAGCGUCAGGAAAGGAAGAGAAGAAGCACCGCGAAUCCAGCCUACAGUGGGCUCUUGGAAACAGAGCGGAAACGCCUUGCAUCAAAUUAUUUGAAUAACCCCUUGUUUCUUACAGCACGAGCAAAUGAGGACCCAUUCUGGAAGAGCGAGGGCCCCCCGGCGGAGCAGUGCGCGGCGUGCCGGCGCGGCGCCAACCUGCAGCCCUGCGGCACCUGCGCCCGAGCCUAUCACCUCAGCUGCCUGCAGCCGCCCCUCAAAAGCGCCCCCAAGGGCGCCUGGGCCUGCCCAAAGUGCCAACACAAGGUGUUAAAGAAAGAUGAGAGCGUGCCGUGGAGCGGGACCCUGGCGAUUGUUCACUCCUACGUCACGCACAAAACAGUCAAGGAAGAAGAGAAGCGGAAGCUACUGAAGAGAGGCAGCGAGCUGAAGAGCGAGCACAGGCAGCUGGAAGAAAAGGAUCGACUUCUCAACAACGCGGUGAAGAAAUGCUUGGAGCUGAAAAGCAGCCUGCUGGCGCAGCAGAAAGGGACUCAGUCGUCGCUGGAGCGCCUCAAGGCCCUCAUCAGACUGAUGCGCAGCGAGCAGCUGCUGCAGGCGGCGGCGAGGAGCGCGGCGCCGGCCCCGCUGCUCGCCGUGCCCUGGGCGAAGGCGCCCGCCGCCGCCGCGGCCACCGCGCGCCCGACCCUGCCGCACCCCCAGGGCAGCAACUGA